AUGGAUGAACCAGUGAAUAAUGCUGCAAAUCAACCUGAUACUGCAAUGAAGAAACAAACAGAGAAUCCAUCUGAUGACUUUGAUGUAGCUGACAAUCUAGCUUUGAAUAGUGAUGAGACUAUUAAUCAACCUGUGGUUAAUGAUGACAAUAUCAAUCAAUCUCCAGCUAAUAAUGUUGCGAAUCAAGCUGUAGAAAAUAAUUAUAACUUGUGUAACCAUAUUACAAAACGCAUUUAA